UUUGAUGUAUCCAUUGAACAAUAUCUUUUAGUGGAACUUCUUAAAUUCCUAUAAAAGAAGCACAACUUUACUACUCAUUUCCAUCACAAAGAUCCCAAAAUGUAUAUCCAAAAAAAGAAGCCUUCACUUUUUCUUGCUCUUUCAUCCAUUUUCUUGCUCACAUUCUUCUCUCCCCCAAAAUCAUUAUUAGUAUCAAGUACUCAACAAAUUCAUGUUCACAAAAACAUCCAAAUUGCAAAUUCACAUUGCCAAGACACACUUUAUCCCCAACUUUGCAUUUCCACUCUUUCAUUAAUCCCAAAUCUUCACCAAAAAUCAAUUCCAGAAAUCAUUUCUUCCAAUGUUAAUGUCACUAUGAAUGAAGUCAAAUCCUCUGCUGGAAAUUGCUCUAACAUACUUCACCAUGUGUCCAAAUUGGACCCUAUUGAAAAAAGGGCAUUAGAUGAUUGUAUUGAACUUUUAGGUGAUACUACUAUUGAUGAGUUACAAACAACUCUUUAUGAUCUUUCUACUAAAAAUAGUAGUAAUUCACCUUUAAAGCACUAUAAUGAUCUACAAACACUUCUUAGUGGUGCAAUGACAAAUCAAGAUACUUGUCUUGGUGGAAUUUACAAUAGUAAACACAACUUGAGUCAAUACAUUGAGAAGAACUUGCAUACAAUAUCUCAACAUGUGAGCAACUCUCUUGCCAUGCUUAAGAAGUUAAAGACAGGGUCGGCUCAAGGGUCGUCAUCAAACUCUAAUGAAGUCUUCCCAGAAUACGGGACCAUGAAGAAUGGGUACCCGAAAUGGUUGAAAAAAAAGGACAGGACGCUUUUACAAGCUCCGGUGAACCAAAUUAAGUUCGAUUUGGUUGUGGCUAAGGAUGGUAGUGGUAAUUUUACUACUAUUAAUGCAGCAUUAAGUGCCGCACCAAAUUCUAGUAGUACAAGAUUUGUGAUUUACAUUAAGGCGGGAACGUAUUUCGAAUAUAUUGAUGUCGAAAGAAAGAAAAGUAUGAUAAUGUUCGUCGGAGAUGGGAUCGGAAAAACAGUAAUAAAGGGUAAUCGGAACGUUGUUGAUGGAUGGACUACUUUCCGAUCAGCUACCGUUGCUGUGGUGGGAAAUGGGUUCUUAGCCAGAGGCAUUACGUUUGAGAACUAUGCCGGACCAAGCAAGCACCAAGCAGUGGCUCUGCGGAGCGGCUCCGACCUAUCUGCGUUCUACCAAUGCAGCUUUGUUGCCUAUCAAGACACCCUCUACGUCCACUCCCUUCGACAAUUUUAUCGCAAUUGCGAUGUCUAUGGGACGGUCGACUUCAUUUUUGGUAAUGCAGCUGUUGUUCUCCAGAACUGUAACUUGUAUGCUCGUAAACCCAACCCGAAUCAGAAGAACAUAUUCACAGCACAAGGAAGAGAGGAUCCAAAUCAAAACACUGGAAUUUCAAUCUUGAAUUGUAAAGUGGAAGCUGCAUCGGAUUUAGUUCCUGUUCUAUCGUCAUUCAAAAAUUACUUAGGACGACCAUGGAAACAAUAUUCAAGAACUGUAUUUCUCUUCUCCAAUAUUGGUAGCUUAAUUGAUCCUGCUGGUUGGUUAGAAUGGAGUGGUGAUUUUGCAUUGAACACACUUUAUUAUGGAGAGUAUUUGAACCGGGGACCCGGUUCAAAUACUAGUGCUAGAGUGAAAUGGCCCGGUUAUCGAGUCAUUAAUAGCUCUACUGAGGCGAGUCAAUUUACUGUUGGGAAUUUUAUACAAGGGAGUGAGUGGAUACCUGCUACCGAGGUGCCAUUUUAUUCCGGUUUGACUUCCUCUUGAUACAAGAUUUUAAGUCAAGUGAGCGCAGAGGCUCUAUUAAGAUGAAUAUUGUCCUAGAUGAUUAAUAAAUUUUAUCAAAACAUCAACUUAUAGGGUAUUUAUUUAUAUAUAUACCUUGGAGAUAACAACCGCGACAGUUACUAGUCUGGCUCAUUGCUUGC